AUGACUACCUCUCCAAAAUUCCGAAUCCGAGACGCUGGGGCCGUGGAAGGUGACGACCAGUUCGUUGUCGCAGCCUUUGACGCAGUCAUCCCGUACUUAACCUCGAUCGGAAGUCAUGAGCAGUGGGGGACAAUACCCUUUUCGCACCGCGAAGGCUGGGUCGAUGAGACUGUACAGCAGAUAGAGGAUUUUUCAAAGAGUUCUGCCUUCCAGGGCGACCAAAAUAAGAAUGGCGUUUUACGUAUCUUCAUCGUCGAGAAAGAGUGCAACGCAGACGGUCCAGAGUAUUUCGAUCGUCCGCUGGCGCAUUAUCGAGUCUCGUCCGACCGUCGAAGAUAUCUCUCUGUUGGCUUUGCGUUCGUGCGGGAAAACUGGAUCCCGGGCUAUAUUGAGUCGCAGAAGCAUCUGCAGAUACCGGAGGCUGAACGGGAGAACAACAUCUACCUCGAAGUCAUGGUUACGGAUUGUCGGGUUGGUUCAUUGCGCCGUGGAGCAGGAAGUGCUUUGAUCCAGGGGAUUCGAGACUAUGGCCGCAAGAAGCAGAAGAAGGCUUUUUGCUUGGAUGGUUGGGCUGGGAAUGAUAAGAAGCUGGUUCAUUACUAUGAGAACCAAGGCUUCCAGGUAGUCGGAGACUUUAGCCUGCCAAGAGCGAAUAAGGCGCCAUGGGUAGGGACGCUGAUGCGAAUGGAUAUUUAG